CAAAAUAGGCGCCGCCCGCCCAGGCCAUGGGACCCCACCGCCCCCGUCUCUCAAUUCAAUCAAUCCCGGGCCGCCCGUCCGCCGCGGCUACCACUCGCCCCUCCUCGUCACCAGCGGCGGCACCAUCUGCUCCGCCACCGCGUUCACGCGCUCCCGUCGCUGUCGGCCCCGCUCCUCUAUUUAUAUACCGCCCCAUCCCAGCUCCACGCUUUCCCUAGGCAGGCGCGCAUCCAGCUCCUGCCUUGCUUCCUCUCCUCCCGGUUCCCGAAUAAAAUUUCCUGGACCCGGAGCGCGCAGCGCGCUCCCCCGCCUCCCAAGGAAACUUAUCUAAGCAUUCCGGCGGUCGAUCCAUCUUCCCGUCCAGGGAGAGCAAGGAAUAAUCAAUCAACCGGCCAGUGAAACGUUAGGAGGAGGAGGAGAGCCGGAGUCCGUCCAGCGCGGCGCGGGUUGAUCCCUUGCGUCUCCGCCCCUGCCCCGCGCCGGCGACACCUUUUUGCGGUGCUAGCGUUGCGUCGAGGAGGGACAGGCGCUCUGCGUCCUUCGCACGGCAACGGCAAGACGGCGGCGUUGAAGAUGCGGGUGUUGGAGGAGGACCUCUUCCCCUCCACCCCAGGCAAGGUGAAGAUCGAGCGGGCGGGCGCCAUGAACCGGCAGCUCCACCGCUGCUUCGCGUCCACCAGCACCAUGUUCCUGUGGGCGCUGUUCCUCGUCGCCAUGACGGCGUCCUACCUCAGCUUCCAGUCCUUCGUCGACACCUCCUCCAAGUACUUGGCCGCCUCCUGGGGCGGCCUGCACUGGGAGCGGCAGAUCCGUGCGUCCGCCGCGCCGAGGCGGCCCCCCGGGUCCGCCGCCGGGGCCGGGAUGUCGGUGCUGGUCACGGGCGCCGCGGGCUUCGUCGGCACCCACUGCUCCCUCGCGCUCCGCAAGCGCGGCGACGGCGUCGUCGGCGUCGACAACUUCAACGCCUACUACGACCCGUCGCUCAAGAAGGCGCGCAGGGCGCUGCUGGCCUCCCACGGGGUGUUCAUCGUCGAGGGCGACAUCAACGACGGCCGCCUCCUGGCCAAGCUCUUCGACGUCGUGCCAUUCACCCACGUGCUCCACCUCGCUGCGCAGGCCGGCGUGCGCUACGCCAUGCAGAACCCGGCGUCGUACGUGCACUCCAACAUCGCGGGGCUCGUCACGCUCCUCGAGGCCUGCAAGGACGCCGACCCGCAACCGGCCAUCGUCUGGGCCUCCUCCUCCUCCGUCUACGGCCUCAACGACAAGGUCCCCUUCUCCGAGCGCGACCGCACCGACCAGCCGGCCUCGCUCUACGCGGCCACCAAGAAGGCCGGCGAGGAGAUCACGCACACGUACAACCAUAUCUACGGCCUAUCCAUCACCGGCCUCCGCUUCUUCACCGUGUACGGGCCCUGGGGCCGCCCCGACAUGGCCUACUUCUCCUUCACCCGCAACAUCCUGCAGGGGAAACCCAUCACGGUGUACCGCGGCAAGGACCGCGUCGACCUGGCCCGCGACUUCACCUACAUCGACGACAUUGUCAAGGGCUGCCUCGGCUCCCUGGACACGGCCGGCAAGAGCACCGGCACCGGCGGCAAGAAGCGCGGGCCGGCGCCCUACAGGAUCUUCAACCUCGGCAACACCGCGCCCGUCACGGUGCCUAACCUGGUGUCCAUCCUGGAGAAGCACCUCCGCGUCAAGGCCAAGAAGAACGUGGUCGAGAUGCCCGGCAAUGGCGACGUGCCCUUCACCCACGCCAACAUCACCCUCGCCAGGCAGCAGCUCGGGUACAAGCCCACCACCAACCUCGAUGUCGGCCUCAAGAAGUUCGUCAAGUGGUACCAGUCCUACUACGGCUACACCAGGGGAUCCAAGAACUCGCGACAAUGAUCCAUGCUAAUUCUUCCUUCUUCCUUUCUCGCUUUGGCCCGGCCGCGGCCACCCACUCUCGGAUCAAACAUUGACAUUCUUAUCAGGAUUUUUUUGGUGGAAAUAUGUUAUGUUAGGGUGUUCCUUUAUUAAGUAGAGAAAUACCGGGGACAAAUUCUUUGCUUGGUGAGGAGAUGGGAGGAGAGUGCUGGAGGAAGAAAAGCAAUCGAGGGCUGGAGGAAGAAAAGCAAUGGGGAGCAACCUUUACUUUUUCUCUUUUCUCCUCCUGUAUCUUUCUUCUCUCUGUGUAAAUUGGUCGGCGCUCUACAGGAUCUUAAUCCUUUUCCGCUCCGUUAAUCCUUUUCCGG